UAACCACCUUAUGUAGUGUUUAGUCCACUACAGAAACUUCUCAUUUCUUUGUGUUUGUGGUUCAAUUUCAAUAAACUCAAAAAUAGAAAGAAAUAUGGGAGAUAAUGAAAGUAUGACUAAUUAUGAAGAUUUACUACCAGUAAUGGCAGAGAAGCUAGACGUAGAAGGCUUUGUAACAGAAUUAUGUGGUGGAUUUAGGGUUCUGUCUGAUCCAGGAAGAGGGUUAAUAACAUCAGAAAGUUUAAGAAAGAAUUCCAAGUAUUUAGGAAUAGAAGAAAUGAGUAAAGAAGAUGCUCAAGAAAUGGUAGGAGAAGGUGAUCUUGAUGGUGAUGGAGCUCUAAAUGAAAAUGAAUUUUGUAUCUUAAUGGUUAGACUUAGUCCUGGUAUGAUGGAGGAUGCUGAAAUUUGGCUUGAUAAAGCCAUAAAGGAAGAACUUAAGCAAACAUCUGCUUCUACUACUGCUGCUAUGACUUCAAUUUAGGUAUCUCUUAAUUGUAUUUGAUUAUUAAGUUUAUUAGUAAUUUGUAUGAAAUAAUCUUGUAGAUAGUUAACUACUUUGUGGCGUAAAACUUUGGUCAUAUUUCCCCCAUGAAUCCACGAUGCUUUUCUGUGUUUGUUUUUUGACGAACGAAUGUUGUGGUUGAACUGGUACCACGAGUUAUGACUUUUAACAAUGUCAAGACUUUUCGUUA